ACACCGUAUAAAUGGUGUGGAGUUGAGCUUGCAGCACCCAGGAACUGGCACCAUGCUUGGAAUCCUCUUUGCUGUGUUGACUCUGGCACCUGCAGCAUUUGGCUGUGGGGUUCCUGCCUACCCCCCUCUUGUGUCCAAAGUUGUUGGAGGGGAAAAUGCAAGACCUUACAGCUGGCCCUGGCAGGCCUCCCUUCAGUACAAUUCCAAUGGCAAGUGGCGUCACACCUGUGGGGGAACCCUCAUUGCCACCAACUGGGUACUGACAGCUGCCCACUGCAUCAGCUCUUCUCUGACAUAUCGAGUGUUUCUUGGAAAAUACAACCUAGCAGCUGAGGAAGAAGGAUCAAUUGCACUUUCUCCACAAAAGAUCGUUGUUCAUGAGAACUGGAAUCCACAGGAUCUUGCAAAUGGGUACGACAUUGCUUUGAUCAAACUCUCCAAGCACGUCACCUUGAGUGACCAGAUCCAGCUGGCCUGCCUGCCCCCUGCCCAAAGCAUCCUGUCCUCCAACACUGCCUGCUAUGUCACUGGCUGGGGAAGGCUGCAGACAAAUGGAGCCCUUCCUGAUGACCUGCAGCAAGGCCUUCUGCUGGUGGUGGAUUAUGCAACCUGCUCCAAACCUUCCUGGUGGGGACAGAUAGUGAAAACCACCAUGGUUUGUGCUGGUGGGGAUGGAAUCAUCUCCAGUUGUAACGGGGACUCUGGGGGCCCCCUGAACUGCCAGGGGGCUGAUGGCAGAUGGGAAGUGCACGGCAUCGUCAGCUUUGGCUCUUCCCUUGGCUGCAACUACUACAGGAAACCCUCUGUGUUCACUCGAGUCUCUGCCUACAACAGCUGGAUCGAGCAGGUUAUGGCAACCAACUAAUCUAAUGAGAACUGGAUGAGAGAUGCCAAGAAGGAAAGCAGUUUGAAUAAAGUCAUAAUCACGACACCUUUGAUCACAAAGAACUGGGAAAUUAUGCUUUUAACAACACAGGUAUUAAACCAAAAACUAGUGAAAUAAACAGUAUUUUUUGCAAGAUGAAAACAAAA